UUGCGGGGCGGCUCUCUCUGGGAGUGAAAGUGAAACUUGUCGGGGAGACACACAGUCCCAGCUCCUCACUAUGGACUCCCCAGGACCAGCGCUGCCUCCCGGGGCCUGGACCCGGACCCGGACCCUGCCGCUGCCCCGCCGCCUGUUCCUGGCCGCCCUGCCUCCUCUCCUGCAGCUGCUGCUCUCGGUUCUGCUGCCGCGUCCCGGGGCUGUACCGCCCCUCACGGCCGUGGCUCUCACUGUGGCCUUAGGCUGGAGGUUGGGCGGCCUGCGGCUCCCGGUGCUGCUGUACACCGCCUGCUGCUGCCUUUCCCCGGAGCUGCACCGCCUGCUGCUGCCGCCGGCCCGGACCUGGGCCCACGGACACAGCCUCGGCCUGCCCCCCCGCUCUCUCACCGCUCUCCUCCUCCCUCACGCCGCCUCGGCACUGGCUCUCGGCCUCGUGGAGGCGGCGGCGGCUCUGUUCCGGCCCCAGGCCCGCGGCUCCCUCCCGGGGACAGAGCGGAACAUCGGGCGCCGCCUCCUCACUCUGUCCCGGCCCGACCUGGUUCCUCUGAGCGGGGCGUUCAUCUUCCUCACCCUGGCCGUGAUCGGUGAGAUUCUCAUGCCUUACUACACAGGGAAGGUGAUUGAUUUACUGAAGUCCAACUUUGACCACCGAGCAUUCCUCAUCGCCAUAUUCUACAUGUUUAUCACCUCCAUGGGAAGCUCCAUUUCAGCUGGGCUCAGGGGAGGCCUCUUCACAUUCACAAUACACAGACUGAACAAACGGGUUCGAAAACUGCUUUUCUCUUCCCUGGUACAGCAGGAAAUCGGCUUCUUUGAAGCAACUCGGACUGGUGAUAUCACAUCACGCCUCUCCACUGACACUGCCCUCAUGAGUCGGUCUAUCGCAGCCAAUGUGAACAUCUUCCUGCGAAGCUUGGUGAAGACAGUCGGGGUCCUCUUCUUCAUGGUGUCCCUCUCAUGGCAGCUCACCUUGCUGAUACUUAUAGAGUCCCCUCUCACCAUAGUGCUUCAGAAACUUUAUAAUAAGUAUCACAUGAAACUGGUCCAGGAGGUGCAGGAUUCCAUCGCAGAGUCAAACCAACUGGCCGGAGAGACUGUUGCUGGGAUCAGGACAGUCCGGAGUUUUGCCGCAGAGAACGAGGAGUCAGAACUCUUCGAGGAGAAGCUCCAGGCAACGCACCAACUGAAGAACAAACGGGACGUUGUCAGAGCGGUGUACCUCGUGUGUCAUAGGCACAUACAACUUGCAAUGCAGCUGGCCAUGUUGUACGCUGGACAGCACCUGAUCCGGAAUGGACAGAUGAGCAGUGGGAAUCUUGUUGCUUUCAUCUUGUACCAGGAAGACUUCGGCUCUUACGUCCGGACCCUGGUUCACAUGUACUCGGAGAUGACCCACUCAGUGGGAGCAGCCGAGAAAGUGUUUGAUUACCUGGAUCGGAAAUCCACAGUUCCUACAGAUGGGAAGCUGGUAAAGGAGACUGUGAAAGGCCAUGUGGAAUUCCAAAAUGUGUCCUUCUCUUAUCCAACGAGACCCAACAUUCAGGCCUUAAAGAACGUAUCCUUUGAGCUGAAGCGUGGUGAGAUCACGGCCCUGGUGGGACCCUCUGGUGGGGGGAAGACAACGUGUGUGAAUCUGCUCGAGAGAUUUUAUAAACCUCAGUCUGGACAGAUCCUGCUGGAUGGCAGACCCAUCGAGGAAUACGAACACAAAUAUUACCACAACAAGUUGGGCGUUGUGGGACAGGAGCCUGUGCUGUUUGCGCUCUCUGUCAGGGAGAAUAUCUGUUACGGUCUCCAGAACUGUCCAAUGUCAUCGGUCACUGCAGCAACUCAAAAAGCUAAUGCCCACAAAUUCAUCGAGGGGCUGGAGCAUGGCUACAAUACAGAUGUCGGAGAGGCAGGAGGACAGCUCUCUGCUGGAGAGAAACAGAGAAUAGCCAUUGCUCGAGCACUCAUCCGACAACCUCAAAUCCUCAUCCUCGAUGAAGCAACAAGCUCACUUGACAUGGAAAGUGAGCACACGAUCCAGCAGGCGUUAUCGAAGGACACGGGACAAACCAUCCUGGUUAUUGCCCACCGAUUGAAGACCGUGGAAAAGGCUGACAAGAUCCUUGUGAUUGAGAGAGGAAUGGUGAUGGAGGAGGGAAAGCAUGAGGAAUUAAUGGAGAGAAAAGGCUGCUAUUUCCGCCUGCUGCGGAGACUGUCUCACAACGGGGAUCAGGGCACAGCUGAGUUUUAACCAGACUCUGAAACAGAGGGCGUGGAGCUGUGAUUAAAACUACCCGUCCCUGAACCACACACUGUCUUCAUUUUACUGUCUGAUCCAGUAGCAGUUUUGUAUUUUGCUUUUGUACAUAUUGAACUGAGCUUUUGGUGUAGUCAUUGUAUCACACAGCAGUGUGAGGUUUGUAAUUGGGUUCAAGUGCAUUCAAUUAAAGCACAAGAAUGAUGGAAAUAUGAAACAAAAUAGAAAGAAGCGGGAGAAACUCAGCUGGUCUAUGCAGGGAGAAAGAGAAUUAAUAUUUGGAGUCUAGUGACCCUCCUUCAGAAGAGAUAGUAGCUAGGAAAAGAUGGCAUAGAUUGCUGAUAACACGGGUUGGAGGGGGAAAUGGGGAGAAGUUAGUGGAUCGAUGGAGAGUGAGCCCAGAGGGGAAAAGCUUUGGCAGAAAAGCUAGAGAGGUGAUAAGGGGGGGACUAUGAGAGGGUGAAAAUGGGUUAUCUGUAUUGCACCAGUUUAGGUCUUUAUUAUAUAUUGAGAAAAGGGUAGACUGGCAUUGGAGUAAGUUCAAAAGAUAUUCAGUCUGAUUCCUGGCUGAAGGGACUGAUGCAACAAGAAAGCAGGAGCAGACUAGAAGAAUAACAGGUGUUCUUAUUGAAACAGUGAUUCUGAGGAGGUUUGACAGGGCAGUUGAUGAGAAACUGUUUUCACCCAUGGGAGAAUUUUGAACGAGGGAACAUCAUCACAGAAUAAGGGACAGCUCAUUUGAAACUGGGAUGCAAAUGAAUUUCUUCUCUCAGACAAUAGUGAAUGUCUGUAAUUAUCUACCCUAAGAGGAUAAUGGAGGCUCGCUCACUGGAAGUAUUGAAAGAGGAAAUAGAUUUCCCAAAUAUUGGCGCAAGCCUGAGAGAGGCCAAAUGAUCCCUUCUAGUUCCUAUUUCUUACAAUUUUAGGGUGUUUAAGUUGCUGGUGAUUAAACAAAAUUUAAAACCCAUGCCGUAUGCAAAGCUUAUGUAUAGUAGCGAGUUUUGAGAAGAUGUGUGACUCAGGUUGAGGUUCUGGAUGUGACUUUGCUCGCUGAGCUGGAAGGUUUGUUUUCAGACGUUUCGUCACCUUUUUUUAAUUUGAUAAAACAUACUUUAUUCAUAGGAUGUACAAAAAAUAAAACAUAUUUAUACACCGA